UGAGUCUGAGAACGAGGGGCAGAGCCCCUCAGAGGAUGAAGUAGACGCCAUGGAGGUGGAUUCUGACGAGGAGGACGAGGAUGAUGUGCAGCAGCCGGCUCAGCCUUACAUGAGUUUGAUGCGUAGUCUUGUUGAGAGCGCUCCCAAGGCGAAGCGCCGGAAGCUGGACCACCCUUCAACCGAGGGCCACGAUCGAGAUUCCUCAAAGCCGGAGGCAGCACCAGAACCAGCACACGGUAAUGAGGAGGAGUCUGGCGAAGAAGGUGACCCCGAUAUGGUUGAGGAGCCAGAGGAGGACCCGACCAAUCUCGCGCCGGAGGACCUGUUUGAUGAGGAUGACGAGCUGGAUAGCACCGACCCAUUCGAGACGCAUUUCGCCGACCCCAAGGAAGAGGAAGUGCAGCCGAAGCUUAAGGCCAUCAAAGAAGGCAAAUGGCGCAUGGAGCGGAUACCAACCAAAUCCACAAGGAUAUUCCUGAGCACUCCUGAUACUGGGGACGCCGCGGCUAAGUUGCUACCGGCACCGGUAUCUGGCAUCUCGGACCUCAAACUGAAGAAGAGACUGCAUGAUGCUAUGGCCUCCAAGCACCCCAAGUUUGACCAGGUUGAGCAGACAAUAGCGCCGCUGCUCUUCAACUACCAGGACGUGCUCUACUGCAACCGGACCGUUGCAGGAUCCCAGGGAGUCAGGCGGAUGGCGGCCCUGCAUGCUCUCAAUCACGUCUUCAAGACCCGUGACCGAGUCAUCAAGAACAAUUCCAGGCUAUCCAGGGCGGACCCCAACGAGGACUUGGAGCUGCGAGACCAGGGGUUCACGCGGCCCAAGGUGCUGAUGAUUCUUCCGACGAGGCAAUCGUGCGUCAAGAUGGUCGAGAUGAUUGUCUCGAUCUGCGAGCCAGACCAGCAGGAAAACAGGAAGCGGUUCGAGGAUGGCUACGUCGACAAGCAGUCCAAGUUCUCCGACGAGAAGCCCGAGGACUUUAGGGACCUCUUUUCGGGUAACGACGACGACAUGUUCCGGCUCGGCAUGAAGUUCACCCGCAAGACGAUCAAGUACUUUGCGCAGUUCUACAACUCGGACAUCAUCUUCGCCAGCCCGCUGGGCCUGCGCAUGGCCAUCGGGUCCGAAGAGGAGAAGAAGAUGGACUAUGACUUCCUCAGCUCGGUCGAGCUGGUCAUCGUCGACCAGGCCGACGCGCUGCUCAUGCAGAACUGGGAGCACGUCGAGUUCAUCUUUGAGCACCUCAACAUCCAGCCCAAGGACGCGCACGGGUGCGACUUUAGCCGCGUGCGCAACUGGUACCUGGACGACCAGGCCAAGCAGUUCCGGCAGACGGCCGUCUUCAGCGCCUUCAACACGCCCGAGCUCGCCGAGCUGCUGCGGGCGCAUUGCCACAACUGGGCGGGCAAGGCGCGCCUGCAGCAGGAGUGCCCCGGCACGAUCCAGUACCUGCCCGUCAAGGCGCGCCAGACCUUCAGCCGCUUCGAGGCGGCGACGAUCGCGGCCGACCCGGACGCGCGGUUCGCCUACUUCACCAAGGCCAUCGUGCCGAUGCUGACGCGGCACAAAGGGCGCGACGCCGCCGGCACGCUCGUCUUCAUCCCCUCGUACCUCGACUUUGUGCGGGUGCGCAACUACUUCGCCAACAACACGGCCGUGGAGCACGUCUCGUUCGGCACCAUCUCCGAGUACACCGACGUGCCCGAGGCGUCCCGCGCGCGGUCGCACUUCCUCAACGGGCGCCACAAGGUGCUGCUGUACACGGAGCGCGCCCACCACUUCCGGCGCUACCGGAUCAAGGGCGUCAAGAGGGUGGUCAUGUACGGGCUGCCGGAUAACCCGCUCUUCUACCAGGAGGUUGCGGGCGGCUAUCUGCAAAGGAGUGAGCAGUCGCUGAUGCUGGAGCCCGGGCAGGGUGUGGUGAGGGUCAUGUUCUCCAAGUAUGACGUGAUGAAGCUGGAGCGCAUCGUCGGGACGUCGAGGGUGGGCAAGAUGAUUCACGACCAGGGGGAUACCUUUGAUUUCGUCUAGGCGAAAUCUCCGAACUGUUGGAUAAUAUAUAUAUAUAUA